GACAAGGUGCAGCACCAAUUCUUGGCAAUGCGACUGUUGCUGAUACCGAACAAAGGUUACUGGGUGUGUGGACUCUAUUACCAGUAGACCUACUAGGUUUACCCUGGAGGUCUAAUGCGCUGUACACUGUAUUGUAGUAAUAGUGAAGCAGAGUUCGCUGGAGACUUUAGUUGAGCACAGACACCAGGGGUAACCUGUCUCAGAAGCCAAAGUUGACUCAAAGAGUGGUGGCCUUUUGAGGUCCAGCAACGACGUUACGUUUCCCCUCUCAUUAGCUUUUCUUUGACCAAGCGCUGGCGGCUGUUAGAUUCUAGUGGGGUGGAGCAGAGGAUAGAUCAUUUUGCUUUGGGGUCGGACCGUCCACAGGGUGACUGAGGGAACGCAGUGGACUUCAUCGAUCCGGAUUUCACUCCACCCAGCGACGUCGCAUUUUGCCGAUCCUUCAGCGCUGUCUGCCGUCCUGUUCGUCCGAGGCACCCAUUGGCAUUGAUUGAGCGCCCGCAAGGCAGGAUUGGUCCGAAGCGUAACUCUACCCCAUUCAACGAUUCGCUCGCACCUGGAUCGUGGAGGCUUGUUGGUCAUUACUCGUGCAUUCGACUUCUCGAUUUCAUGAGAGAUUCUGACACGUCUGCUCAAGCCAUUGCGUGCCGCUGCCUCCAUCCAGAAGGCAGAUUCCGUAGAAGUAUUCACACCGAGUGAGGGUUUGAGGCGGUGUUACUGGACGAGAGUGGCAGUCUAGCCAGCAAUCACUAGCCAAGGACUGGUACAAUGGACGCAGGUAUGGAUACGGUAGACCAUCGCAGCGUGGCCAGGCUGUGCACGGACUGUGCGGAGCAGAUGCAGGUGGUAGCGGAGCUGCUGCUACUCAGAGACAACGUGGAACCGACAGCUCUAGAACCAGUGCAGGUCGGCAGCUCACAGAGCACGCUCACUGUGGCUACGUCGUCGUACGGCAAGUGUCGUGAUGUCGUCGUGGCCAGUACCAAACAGCUGGCAAUCCUGGCUCACAACCUGCGUGCAUCCAUGAAGGAAAGGGAACUUGAUCAGGUAUUUGAUAUCACUGCUCAGCUGACCGAGGUGGUAAUCUCGCUAACUGAGUCCUCCACACAGGCAGCAUAUCUCAUCGGUUUGUCGGACGACAGAAGCACGCCGUCAGUUCCCGGUCUCAUUGAUCGAUAUCGCAUGAUGCGCGCCAAGCAAGGCAUCGAGGCGUCCAGCCACAAGUUCUCCUCCAACUAUGGCGUCAUGGACGAGAGCGAGGUGCUGCGUGUGUCGUCAAACAUCGCCACAAACCUGGCACUGGUCAGCCAGGCCUGCGAGGUAGCCAUGAAGCGAGCCGAGUCGGUGGGAACAUCGUCGUCGGUGGUGGUGACUUCAUCAGUGAUGUCAUCCCCGCUGGGCAUGGACAACGGCGAGGUCAUACGCCGUCAGCUGUCGGCGUGCGUCAAGGCGCUGCAGGGCAACACGGCCGCGCUGCUGGCCGCGAUCAAGACGCUGGCGGAGCGCGGCGACAAUAGCGAUCGCGCCAAGUGCGCGCUCUUCCUGAAGCCACUGCUGGCUUCGUUACAAGCCCUCGUCGACUACACGUCAUUGCCCGAGUUCUCUGGUAGGCCGGCGCAGCUGUCGCAAUCGGCUCGCAGCCGUCAGAAGGACAUUCUCGCCAAUGGCAUGAAGGUCGUCUCGGCGGCCAUUCAGCUGAUGGAGGCGCUGGCCAAACUCUCCAGCGACCCCGCGCUCAGUAACCCAGCGGAGGCGGCCGUCAGUUGGAAAAGCGUACAGACGUGCUCGGUGGCGCUCUCUGAAAGUGGCCGUUCGCUGUCGGCAUCCAUGCGCACUAACGCGCCCGGUGGACAAAACUAGAAACAUGAUGAGACUCUGUACAGGACUUGCUGGUGGCUUUGGACACAGUUAGCCUGUUAUUGUUGUUGUUGUUGGUGGUGGUGGUUGUUGUUGUUGUUGUUGUUGCUUCAAAUCUUUAUUCUCACGAUGUUGUUGUUGUUGUUGUUGUUGUUGUUGUUGUUGUAGUGUUUAUUUUAGUCUGCAAAGAACUCUGUGGCCCUGA